UUGAUUUGUAAAGACUGUUGUUCCCAUUUGCACCUUGAAAAAUGGUGGUCGAAACUGCAUACUAUGAUAUAUUGGGGGUUAAACCCAAUGCCACAGCAGAUGAACUGAAAAAAGCCUACAGAAAGCUUGCUCUAAAGUAUCACCCAGAUAAGAACCCCAAUGAAGGCGAAAAGUUCAAACAGAUUUCUCAAGCAUAUGAAGUUCUUUCUGAUUCUAAGAAAAGGGACUUGUAUGACAAAGGUGGAGAACAGGCCAUCAAAGAAGGCGGCAUGGGAGGGGGUGGAUUUGGUUCACCUAUGGACAUUUUUGAUAUGUUCUUUGGUGGAGGGGGAAGAAUGCAAAGAGAGAGAAGAGGUAAAAAUGUAGUCCAUCAGUUAUCUGUAUCGCUGGAGGAUCUAUAUAAUGGGGCAACAAGAAAAUUGGCUCUGCAAAAGAAUACUAUAUGUGACAAAUGUGAAGGGCGUGGUGGCAGAAAGGGAGCUGUGGAGUGCUGUCCAAACUGCAGAGGUAGUGGUAUGCAGAUCAGGAUCCAUCAGAUAGGACCAGGAAUGGUUCAGCAGAUCCAGUCUGUGUGCGCAGAGUGCCAAGGACAAGGAGAAAGGAUUAACCCAAAAGACCGGUGCAAGAGUUGCACUGGACGAAAGAUUAUCAGAGAGAAAAAGAUUCUUGAAGUUCACAUUGACAAAGGUAUGAAGGAUGGUCAGAAAAUCACAUUUUCUGGUGAAGGAGACCAAGAACCUGGUUUGGAGCCUGGAGAUAUUAUUAUUGUACUUGACCAGAAAGAUAAUGUAGUAUUUACAAGGCGAGGAGAAGAUCUGUUUAUGCACAUGGAAAUAGAGCUUGUAGAGGCUUUGUGUGGAUUUCAGAAACCCAUUGUAACGUUGGACAACAGGACCAUUAUUAUUACUUCUCAUCCUGGCCAAAUAGUCAAACAUGGGGAUGUUAAAUGUGUGCUAAACGAAGGUAUGCCUUUCUACCGCCGGCCAUAUGAAAAGGGUCGCCUUAUAGUUGAAUUUCAGGUUAAUUUUCCAUCCAGCGGCUUCAUUUCAUCAGAUAAACUACCAAUGCUUGAAAGCCUCCUACCUGCAAGAAAGGCCAUUGAAGAGACUGAAGAUAUGGAGCAAGCUGAACUCAUGGACUUUGAUCCAUCCCAACAGAGGCGUUCACGUUACAAUGGCGAGGCCUAUCAUGAUGACGAUGAUGAUGAAGGCCACCCAAGAGGUGGUGUGCAGUGCCAGACCUCUUAAGUCAAAAAAUGUCACUUUUGUUACUGCUCCAGAUAACGUGAUACUGGGAAGAAAUAAAAAUGCAAUGCAUUUUUUUGGCUUUAGGGCCACUUGGUGCCGGCAUUUUACUUUUUGUUUUGUUUUGAGGAUGCCUAGAAAACAUUGUAGAGCAAUCAAGUCUAGGCUUCCUCACUUGUGAAAUUUAUUGAAUCAACCCUUGUUUUA